AUGUCCCGCACACCGACGCCGACGUCUACUACGCCGACGACCCGACGAGCGACGAUGCCUUCCCAUCCGUCCCAUCCACCCCAUCCCCACUCCACGUUCUCAGCCCCGUACUAUCCCACUACAGCCUAUCAGUAUCCGCCCCAGCAGCAACAACAGCCUCAUGGGUUCUAUGACGAACACGAGAGCAGGAAGCGCUCUGCCAGUGCGGCCGAACAGGACGAUGAAGACGAGCCUCAGAGUGCGGGAACAAGUGCAGCGCCCACUCCGCGCGAGGAAAACAAAUCAAAGAGGACCAAGACACAGCGUGCGUGCGACCCGUGUCGGCGCAAAAAGAUUCGAUGCGAUAUUCUGCCAGACACGGACCCGCCAAUCUGCCAGCACUGCAAACAAUACUCGUUUAACUGCACGUUCUUCCUGCCCAUUACCGAGACACGCUUCAAGAAGAAGCGGAUGGAGGAAGACCAGGGGGCAGGGGCUGGGGGGAACGCAAGCGCCAAUAAGCCCCACACCUCACCUCCGACGCCCAGUCUCGACUCGACCCCCCAUGGCCAUCCACACCAUGCGUCACAGGUCUCGAGCCAGAGCCAGUCAUUGCAGCAGCAGCAACAGCAACAGCAACAGCAACAACAGCAGUCCCAGCCACAAUCCAAGGGCGAAGUCAAGAUCUAUGGUCCCACUUCGCUCUCGUUCCUUGUGCACUCGACUGCAACGAUCCCCGUUCGGACGAUGGAGAACUAUGAUACACGUUAUGGCCAGACAUGGCAGGUUGGUGCUUCAGGCGAGGGAUUCAUUCAGGUCCUUGAGCCAUCAACCCCAAACCAGCUCGCCGCAGCCCCGCUUCCCAAACCACUCGAGCACCGUAUCGAGCGCGAAACACUCCAGAACUUGAUCAAUGCCUAUUUCAGGGAGGUCGCACCCACCUUUUGUGUCAUCACCCGCGAGAAUUCGUCCGUUCCCCGGCCCCUCCCCGCCCUGCUCUACUCGAUGUGUGUCGUUGCGGCGUGCUCGAGGCGUGUAGAACGUGGCGUCUUUGAGGCACUCAGGGGAACGCUGGCAACCGUCAUGCGCAACGAUGAUGUCCUCAGUGUCAGCUCGGUCGCCAACGUUCAAGCCCUCUUGAUUUUGUCCAUGAAUGGCGAUUGCCACAGUGUCAGCGUCCCAAACGCGACCAGUGCUGCUUGGUUACGAGCUGGAGCGGCAAUUCGUAUGGCUCAAGACCUGGGCAUGCACCGAGCAGAGGCCGUUCAGACAGACCUCGAACUGAGACGACGAUUAUGGAGUGCCUGUGUGGUUGUCGAUAGCUGGUAUGCUGCCUCGUACGGACACCCGCUUACGAUCAAUGUGCUUGAUUGUGAUGUUCGAUUGCCCCGCGCGGACGAAUCUGAGGGCCACAAGAUGGAGUUUAUGGGCGAGCUCGUCAAAUUGAGUAUUCUACUUGGGCGAGUAUUGAAAAGUAUAUAUAGUCCAACGGGCUUGUUGCACGCUCGUGAUAAUAUCCUCGAAACCCUUCUUGCGGAUCUGGACCUGUGGCGACACCAACUCCCGCAGCAAUUUGUAUUCACCAGUGCUGCGACCGCGAGCACACACGCAGGACUCUUGCACCUCUACUAUGCGUGUGUAUGCAUGAUGUUUUGGCGCGUGUUUAUGCGCAUAUCGUAUUCGUGUCCGGCCCACCUCAAGUUUUCGCUCACCGUCGAACGAAUGACGGACAUGGUCAAGAUGAGCCGGGAUGUCAUUGACUGGUUGGCGUUGGAAGAGAACGAGCGGAUAUUUGAUUGUUGUUAUAUGGUUGGCUAUGCAGCCACCGCUGCUGCGCUUAUUCAGCAUCAUGCGUGGGCGAGGCGCAAAGACGCCGAGGCUGUAGUCAAGUUGCGAAUGUUGAAGGAUACAAUCAAGAGAUGGGAGGCCUCUGUCGAACCUGGUCACAUGCCCGUUAGGCGAAAGACCGCAGAAAUAAUCUGCCUCUUGUAUGAAGCGACCCAGUCCGCGCCCGAACCGUCUCGGACGACGGACAAACGACUAAACCCGACCGUUGGGGUGCACAACGUGCGCGCACCAGAAGCUCUGCGGGGCCUUGAAUUCCGCAAAGACGCCUCCCGACCGGGGGGAGGCGUAUUCGUCGCUUCGAAACGCAUGAUCCCGGCGCUUUCGGACCUCCCGCGCGGGACGGUGGUACCGCGCCCCGAUACGGCCGAUGGGGACCGCGACCGCGAGUCUGUCGUCUCGGGUACGAGCGUAUCCGGGAGUGAAGAGUCUCCGUUUGGGUAUGGCGUGACUCAGCAUACAAACGUCAAUCCAGAGAUCACUCGGGUCGAGCUCGGUCCGAUGACGAACGGGGAUGCCAGCGUGCAAGUCCUCAACAUGCUCGAUCAGCCGAUCCCGAGCGAGUCGUUUGCGGUGGACCACGAAGGAAUGCUGUCGAUUGGGCUUCCGAACGGGUCCUAUGAUCUAGGCAAGUUCUUGUUGUGUGGAAGAGGUGGAGCGUUGUCUGACGUAUCCUUAGGAGCCAACGAGCAAUUUAAUUCGUUCCUUUCGCAGUUCCAGCCCUCUAUAGUUGGGGACCCGGCCUAUCAUCUCAUGCAGCCGUUUUCGGACCAGUACAUGGGGCCUAUGGCUCCUGUCGGGACCGGACAACUGCAUGCUGCGACCGGUGGGAUCGGGUUCCCGCCCAUGCAGCCGUUUCCUCAACAGUAA